AGAGGAAUUCUACCAACCAGAUGGGAGGGAAGCGGUUAUUUUUCCUAUUUUUCUUAUUUUUAGUGCAACUCACCAAUAGUGCAGAUUCAUCAGAUGUGUUCUUAAAAGAACCCAGCUCGGAACCGUAUUUUCUCCAAGAAGGAAAUGAGGGAAUUGUCAUCCCAUGUGUCGUGAAACCAGAGUAUUUUGACAGACAAAAGUAUGAAAUCAACUGGGCGAGGUACAAUAAUGGACAGUUGAGAAUGAUCACGAAAAACGACAAACUUCUCGCAAAAAAGCAUUCAAGGUUCAUUUUGGAGAAUGAUUCGGCGACAGGAAACUAUAGCCUUCGAAUCACUGAAGUGGAAAAGAAUAGUGUCGAAGGGACUUACCAUUGUAAUGUAAUUGGAACAGAUGAUUCGGAUGUGCAGUACUCCGCGCUGGCGACCGUUGUUGUUUUAGUUCCACCUGGUGACCCAAUUAUUAGCACUACACCUUCCGAGAGCGUAAUUGAAGGAGACUUUAUGACUGCCAAGUGUGUCUCGGUUGGUGGAAGCCCACAGCCAACAUUCACAUGGACACUACCGAAUGAUACAAUUGCGAGUUCAGCUAUUUUUACAACUCAGUUUAGGGACGGUGCAACCGAAAGUUUGUUACAUUUCCGCGUAACCUCAAGCGAUGACGGAAAAUCCGUGCAGUGUGACGUCACUAACAGAGCCAUGCUUGGCGGAGAAACAAAACAAGUGAAAAGUUCCCAGCUUAACGUGCUCUACAAACCAGUCGUCUUCGUAACGCCAACCGAAAACCUCACUCACUUGUCAGUAGAAGAAGGAGAGCUGGUCAAUUUAACUUGCAACUCAGCUUCAAAUCCCCCAGCUCAUAGUUAUGAAUGGAAGCAUAUUGCGUCAGGGGAACGAUAUCAGGGAAAAAUCUGGCCAAUCCGAGUUGACAGCUCAAUGAGCGGAGAUUUCGAGUGUAGAUCGACAAAUGAACUGGGAGAAGGCACAGCUGUUUUGAAAAUGGUUGUACAGCACAUACCAAGAAUUAAUGUUCCGGAGUCAAUCAGCCCUAACGAAAUGGAAGAUAUUGAUAUUCUGUGUGAAGUCAGUGCAGUUCCAGAAGUCAUUGAUAUCAAAUGGGUUGGACCAAAUGGUUUCAAGCAGAAUGGGUCCAGAUUGACAAUUACAUCAAUUUCAAAAGCGCAAAGUGGAAAUUACACAUGUAUGGCGACCAACUUUUUGACAGUCUACGGACAUUCUGGGUCACAGCAACGAAUGGGCACAGGAACGACAAUUGUUGACGUCAAGCGAAAGCCUGGUCAGGCUCAAAUUGUUAGUGCUCGACAGAACGUAGAUGUUGGAGAGACUAUCAAGUUGAUGUGUCAAGCUGAAGAUGCAGGAAAUCCGAGUGCUUCUUAUACGUGGGCUUCUCCAUCAUCCGGUGGAAUUUUCGGCUUGGAAGGCCACACAGAAAAGUCAUUUGAAGUCAGGAAUGCUCAGUUAUCGGAUAAUGGCGUAUAUUCUUGCAAGGCAUACAACGAUCUAGGAGAAGGAAAAAUUGGAACAGUAAUGAUCACGGUCAUUGAAAAAGCUCGAAUUUCUAGUCCCCUUGCCACUGAGCGAAUUUUCACAUCUGGAGAACAAGGGAAAAUACUGGAGUGUGAGGCUCAAGGAUAUCCAUCUCCUGUUAUCAAAUGGCUGAAAGAUGGGCGUCCAGUAAAACAGAGCAUCUACGCUUCAUCUGCAACAUCCGAAUCAAAAUGCCUUCCAGAGGAUUUCUGUACUCAGACGGUUGCUAGUACCUUGACACUUGCGGGUCCUCUGAAAUGGUCGGACAAAGGAAAUUUUACAUGUGUGGCUGAUAAUGGGUCUGACAAAACCGAUAAAGACAGCAGCUCGUGGACAAUUGUUCGAGUUCUUCAUAAGCCGGUGUUCUUAAACAGGAAGUUCCCAGAAAAGUCACUAGCCGCUGCUGAUAUUGGAUCCCAAGCAAUCAUCCGUUGCAAAGUCUCUGCGAGACCAGAGCCAGAGUUUCAUUGGAUGUUUAGAGACUCGGAAAUUUCCGAAAAUGAGAGACACUCGUUCCAUACUGUCGGAAUCACUGGAAAACCUGAUGAAUACGAGCAAUUGCUCCAAAUUGAAAGUGUGCAAGAAUCCGAUUACGGAGAGUACGUGUGCCGAGCAACAAAUGGCAAUGGCGGCGACCAUGUUGUGAUUGAAUUGAGAAAGACUAGUCCACCAGCACUUCCAUUGGACCUUCAAAAGCUGUCGGCUACUUCAAACUCUGUUCUGCUUGGAUGGGUCCCACAAUUUGACGGAGGUGCUGAUCAAACGUAUGUGCUGGAAACAAGGAAGAUUGACCCAUUCACUGGAGAAAUCGACGGAAAUGCUCCAGUGUCAAAGCUGAAUAUUAAUGCCGUGCAACAAGAUCAGGAGAUCGACGGCACGCUAGUGUCGAAGAACAUCUUCAACUUCACCGGGCUUACCCCAUUAUCCACUUACAAUUUACGCAUUCAAGCUGUUAGCGAGAAAGGCGAAUCGGAAUUUACGCCGGUUCUAAUUGCCUCCACUGAAGACGUCGUUGAAGACGCGAACAUGAUGUCCCCAAGCCGCCUAGUUCUGGAUUCCAGUGAACAGAAGAUUAAUGUUGAGCCAAAACUACCAUCGGAUGCUUGCACAUUGCUCUACGUAUUUCUUGAUGGAAUAUGGAGAACCAGCACUUGCCAUACAUCAAGCAACCCUAUCGGAAAUAUCAUUCCUGGAAGAGAAUAUAGAGCAAGGUUCUGCACAACUGCUAAUGGACUUAAAUGCUCACCAGUUUCUAAAACUAUUUCAAGCGGUUCUGGUUCAGUUUGGAAGACCAACGUGUUUUUCCCAUUUUUAUUCUUCAUUUUCAUUGGUCUUGCUAUCUGCGUAUUCUUCCUUGUCUGCUGCAAAACUCGAUCAAAUCCAAAAACUUCAAAACUUUCGCCAAUCAUUCUUACUUCCCUACCUGGAGAUGAAUUGAAAAGGCCUGCAGAUUAUGAAGAACCAAAGCACGCAACAUUUGCAAUAACGGAAAACGAAACUAAUCAUUUGAGUCAACAUGAUGCAAAGUCGACGAAACCGCCCGGUUUGAAUAUGGAAUAUGAUGUGUCCACAGAUUGUUAUUUACAAGAAAAUACAGAAGUUUUAAAAAAUACUUCACUAUCCGGCUUUACAAACGGUGAUGUACUGGAGAACAGUGAUGAAGAUCGACGAAUCGUUCGAGAGAUUAUUGUUUAAUUUUGUCAUAUUUUUUGUCAUUCUUCCCCCCUCACAAACUUCUUUCAUUGUAUGACGUUGUUAAAUAUUCGGGUCGUUUAAACAACAGUAAUAACGUGUUGAUAGUUAACUUAACAGUGUGUUUUUGAGCUUUUUUUGAGCUCUAAUUUUUCCUUAAUAAAAUUCUAUAAUC